GUUUUGAUUACUUGGCAGGGAUAUAUUGUUCUGUACUUGUCUAGAGAGAAGAUGAAAACAUUGAUAGAGCAUCUUUUGAAAGAAGCAAGAAACCACAAGAGGAUGGAUCUAAAAAUGCUGAAGGAAGCCUUGCUCCUUAGUUUAAAGUGUUGCUAAAGUUUUUCUGCACACCACAAACAUUUCAUUCUGAGCCCCAAACUUCUUUCCCUUGUGGCCUCUGUGAUCUCAACAAUUUACAGUAAUUACAACUCAAAUUGAAUAACCAAAAUAAUUCCAUUUAAACACACUGGAGGGAUGUUUUAUAGCAAGCAAGUUACUUUUUUCAAUGUGCUUUUCAUACCCGGCGGGGGGAAAUUUUCCAUGACAAAAAAAUACAUGUGGGACUCCAAUUACAGCUUCUUUGAGUAUGCAUAUAUGCCUUUUUCUAAGCUGUGACACCCUGCAUUGCAUCUCUGCUAUCUCACCCAGCGUCUGCUUUGUGUUGAGGUUUAACGCUUCAGACUAAAGAUCCCACCUGCUCCACUUUCCCUGGAUGUUGUUGCCAUCUUCUAACCUAUCCUACUGCAUCCUGAUUAACAAAUAAAGCCAGACAACCCGCUGUAAAAGAGCCACGCAUCAACUUUUAAAAUGAGACACUAAUGGCCGGUGAAAUGAAUUCAGCAGGCCAACACAGCAGAGGGGGGAUUACCGGAGUCCCAAAGCUUCUCAGAUGACUGCUGCCACCCUGCAAAACCAAACUAGAAAUUCUGUGGAUGUUUGGAUUCUCUGAUUUGGAUAUUGGUGCAGUAAAGAAGAUUUUCAUCUCUCUCUCCAGUCAGUGUGAGCUAUAAGGAUUUUCAUUCAUACAGGAGUAAGAGACCUGAACUGACUUUGUUAAAUGUUUUAGAACAUUCAUUCAUUUCCUCUGCAGAUUUGCCACCAACUUUAACCACAUUUGAGCUUUUCAUGAUAAUAGCCAGCUGACUCCCUGAAAACAUCUGGGAUUUUUUACUGGCCCUGACACACUGGUGGUGGCCACUGCUAAAUGAAAUAGGGACUGAAAGAUUCUUCUGUGGAUUCCCUCUCCUCUGAGGUGGUGGCGCCCCUAUUCAGCAGGCUGAACGUGGCAUCACGAUGCCUGAACUGGAUGACUUUCCCCCCUUGAGGGGCCCCAGAGGCUCUGGGCUGGGCUUAAAUGGACCAGCAGAUCCAGCUCAAAUUCAGCACAGCAUCCUGGAGGAGCAGGUGGAGCUGUGGUGGUUCAGAGACCCUGGAAAGUCUCUGCUUUGCUACUGCGUGGCUGUACUACUAAUCCUGGGCUGUGGGCUGGGAGGAGUUGGACUUCUCUCCACUACCACCAGUGUAUCAAGCGAAUGGCGGCUAGGUGCAGGCACAGCACUCUGCCUGCUGGCCCUGGGGGUCCUCCUCAAGCAGCUGCUCAGCUCAGCUGUGCAGGACAUGAAUUGCGUUCGAAGCAGACAGCGAAUUGACAUGCUUAAAAGUGGCGGCUUAUCUGAUCUCCUUGUGGUUUUGAUUACUGGGUUGUCACUAUUGAUUUGUGGAGGUGUUCUACUACAUCUGGCCCUGGCUAACCACAUGCCAAAACCUGGCCAAGCCCUUAAUGACAUGUACAUCUCUGGAGUGGUUUUAGUGGCUGGAGGGGGGACUGCAGUUGUGGGCGUUGGACUAUACUCUGUUGUGGUGGUCCUGCUUGAGAGGACAAGGCACGGACGAAGGCUGGUGGACCAGGUUUUGAAUAUAUUCACUGUUUCUGGACACAUGGACCACCAAGCUCGCAGAGAGACUACCUCCAGUCUGGCUAACCUCAUAUGAGAUGUAACCACACUCGGACUGUGUAUUUUGGCCCCUUGCUUUUCAUGUCAGAACAUUUCCUCAGCUAAAUUAGCACACACACAUCGAGAGAAAUUUGAUUACAACAAGAGUCAUCCCUUACAUACUGUAGCUUUGUCAUCAGCUGAUUAGAGUGUGUAUGAAAUUAAAUGAAUUGGUGAAUAUGUUAGCAAUAAGCAGUCAAAUCUCAGACACAGUAAGGAUGAAAAGACUUAAGAUUAACACACUAAAAAAUAAUUUAUUACUAUGUCGACAUGGCAGUGCUUACAAUCCAGCUGCCCUAAUUCUGAUUAAUUCUCCUUAUGAUCAGGUACAAAGUCAGAUCCUGUAACAUGUCAUUUGCAUGUGAGUGGUAGUUGAAAGUUUUAUUUAUUACAAUGUAAAUCUUAUACAAUUUACAUGGGAGUAAAUGCCAAAAAAUACUGGGGAAUGUCACAGCAUGGCAGAGGCAAUGUUAGUAUGCAGGUCACCAGCACAAAAAACAUGCAAAACAAAAAAAGUUCACUUGACUGGUAUUUAUGCUGAUUCAAAUAAAAAGCACAAAUUAUAGCUGAAACAAACCUGAAACUAAAGGAAUAAGUAAAAACAGGUGUGAUAACUUGAUGUUAUCAGAUAGGUUCAGCUAUAUGGAAAUGACACAGGCCAGCAAAGACCUGAAAAGGGCUUUUUCAUUGCAACAAAGUCCGUCUUUCCAAAUCUGCAUAUACAAAAAGUUAUAUGCAGUGUACACAGAUGAAGAAACUGAAACCUAUCUUGAAACCAAGGCUGUAAUUAAAGGGACCGUCCACAUAUUGGUGGGCCAGACAAUGAAGACCAUAUAUUUGUUAUACACAUGCAUCCUGUCAAAGUGCUCUUGGACCACACAUCUAGAGACUACCUGCUCAAUGAUAUUGUCUAGGAUAAAUGUUUCAACUGAAGGGCUGAUGUAAAUGAAAAUUACAGAAUGACUGAUAAACAGGAAAACAUAAAUAUGAAAAAAAAUCAUUUUUUAAAAUGUCUGUGAUUCAAGUGCCACCCUCACGCUGUCCUUGUCCACAUGAAGUUAUGAAAAUAUUCAGCUGAUAAAUUUGACUAUGGAUAAAACUGAGGAUGGUCAGUGUGACGGACUUGAGCUAAACUUUGGCUAAUUGGAAUGAUUUCUUUUAAUCUUGCAUCUUUCCUCAGUAAUUUGUGCAGUAGGGCAGUGGUAUUUGUGACAGAUUGUCAAAACCUCAGUGUAACAGUUGGCUGCCUAUACAUAUGAUACAGGACAACGUGAUUGUUAGAGAAUCGCAGCACUUUAAAAUGUAUGGAUAAUAUGUGUGCAUCAUUGUCUUAACUGUGAACUGAAUUGCCUUGUUUUCCCUAAACUUGCUUUCUUCUAUGCUUUUGAUAUUGACACUGAAUCAAAUGGCUGUGCAAUGUAAAAUGGCCACUCAUAGUGCUGAAGUCAUAGAGAAUGACCCAACUACAGCCUCCUAGCUCAUUGUUUUAAUUAUAAUGUCAAAGUUCAUUGUUCUCUUCAGUCCAUGCUGGGAGACAUGAAGCUCUGAUAAAACUCAUUGUGCACCUCUACAAACAUGCAAAAAAAGUCACAUAGUAAUUAUGAAGUAGUUCCACAUAUUUUCCUCAGCAGCUGGUUAAAUAGUUACUGGGUCAACAUUCAUCAACCUAACGCUGUAUAAAUGCUGUUUGUCUGCUGAAUAUAUGAGUAGACAGUGGCAGAGGUCCAUAAAGACAGUUUGAUGUCACACAGUCCGCUCCCUGGGGCAGUGGAUGGAAAUGUCAUUGUCCACCAUUCUUAUCAUUUAGAGACACCAAGAUCGUUGUUUGUGCAUUCUGGGUUUGGAGGACUUUAAAAAGAUUACAUCAAACUGACUUCAUGAGCCCCUGCAGGGGCUGUGUUUGCUAACAAAUGAGCCAAAACAACUUUGUAAGCUAGUGAUAUAGUGCUACUGUAGCUGCACUUGCUUCUCUGUCCCCUACUGACACGGUUACUGCAGCUUUAAGACGAUGUUAUCAAGAGCACAAAGUAUAGUUGUGAUGUAACCAUGACAACAUUUGGACAGCUAUUUGUUCAGAUCCUGGAAAAAUGUGACUGAGAUGCUUUUAAAAGAUGGCUUUGGGACACAGUCAAUGAGGACCUAACUUAAUUCAAAUGUAAUGAAUCCGCAGCACAUUAUAGCCUUUGACAUUGCCAUAUGUUUUUAGAUAGUAUUGUAUUUAAAUCUCUGUAUCAAACAAAGGGGCACAUUAUUUUCAUUUUUAUGUGUCAAACUAAAUUAAAUUAAAUUAAAUUAAAUUAAGCCAUGUAUGGCUACCUUGGUAGCACGCUCUCUCAUGUGUUUGUUGAUUUUCCUCGUUUCCUCCGUCUUCUGCAACCCAUUCCAGAUAACUUUCACCAGAGAAGAGCUCAACAUCAGAAAACUCACUCCGAACACCUUUUCUCCAAUUUCUGCUAAUGCAAAAAGCUGGGUGGACAUUAUUGUUGGAGGACCAGCAGCCCUCGAUGGGACUCAUGGAAAAUGGCAGAGAUGAAAAAGAGCGGGGGCCCUGGUUAAGUUACAGCAGAGAGGGACCUGGACGCCACUCACAUCUGUCCAUCUAGCAAAUCUCCAAUUCCUCCUCGUCAACCAGACUAACCGACUUCUCAUGCGCUACUGCUUUAUGUUUCAUGGAGACUUGGCUCAGCAACUCCAUCUUGGACAGCACAAUACAAAUGCCAGGGUUCCAGGUAUACAGAGCGAUUGUGUUAUUUAGGAAACAGAAGAGGUGGAAUCUGCUUCUACAUAAAUGAAGUUUGGUGUAAAGAUGUCACAGUGUUAGAAAGAACUUGCAACAUGGACUUAAAGACUCUUUCACUGACUGCAAACCAUUUUAUUCUCCCAGAGAAUUUUCAUCAUUCAUUCUGGUCAGAGUGUAUAUAAGACCCCAGACCCACGCUAGCAGACUACAGCACCUGGCCGACCAGAUAACUAGCGUGGAACUGAAACAUCCCAACUCCCCACUCAUUGUUCUAGAGGAUUUCAACAGAGCAACUCUCAUCCAUGAACUGCCCAAAUACAGACAGCAUAUCAGCUGUCCCACCAGUGACUGGAUUGUAUUUGAGGCUGGAUGAAGCUGGAUGAACUCACGGAGCUUUGUGAGGGCGUGUGUGCCCACCAAGACCUUCUGCGCAUACAACAACAAUCAGCCCUGAUUCAUAGUAAAACUCAAGCAGCUUCGUCAUGCCAAAGAAGAGGUCUAUAGAAGUGGGGACAGGAUCCUGUACAGGCAG